UUAAGGUGGUAGUUCUGCCAACAGUGACCGAUUUCAAUGUGUUCCCUCUUGAAAGUCGACCUUUUUUAGCCCUUUUUCCGUACAAACCUUUUCCGAGGGCUUCACAUUAAGAGUCUGGGCCCUUCGGGGGCCCUCUUGCGCCAAGACCGCCCCCCGGUUGAAGGGCCCAAACGUUCCUUUGAGGUGGCGUGUUUGUUUGUUUACAAAUGGAGAAUCAACAGCGGCCGCCCGCGGUUCGCCGCAACUACAAACUUCUUUCGGACCCAUUUAUCACGAAAGGAGCCCAAAAAAUUUAUCGUUAUAAUGGGAUCCCUGACGAUAGAACAGCCCCUCCCAUACAGCCCAGAGAUCCUCGGUCCGCGCUUACCAAAAUUUGGACCCGCAUGGAGGUUAUGGAUUUGCCAGUGCCGCGAUUCAAGAUCGACGAAGAUUAUGUUGGAGAGCCUCCACCUUUGGAAGUCACAAUUUGCAAUUUGAAUGAUAACAUUGAUAAGGCUUUCCUUACAGAUUUGGUUCGCAAGUGUGGUGAAGUGGAAGAACUGUUCAUCUAUUACCAUCCACACACUAAAAAACACUUAGGGCUAGCCAGGGUGGUUUUCGUGUCUCCCAAAGGUGCGAGAGCCUGCGUGUCCCGCUUGAACGAAACGUCCGUGAUGGGCAAGGAGCUGGCUGUGACACUUGACCCAUUUGGCGAGCAAUGCCGGCACUUGUUCCAAACGCUAACAGAGCCUCAGCGUCGGCCAUCUCCACCCCCGGAGGCUCCCCCGACACCGCCGCCUCCACCACCGCCGACCCCUCAGCACCAAACGCCGCAGCAGCCGCCUCCCCCGCCCACUGCAGCUUACGGUGCCCCUCCACCUCCUCCUCAAUGGGGGUGCUGGCAGCCCGAGCCACCGCCACCUGAGGAAGAGUCGUUGGACUUGGAUACCAGAAUUCAACUGUUGCUCAGAGGGGGAGCCCUUGCACUCGACGAGCCUCCCCUCCCCACGGAGGCCGCGCCCGCUCCGCCUCCGCCGCCUCCACCGGAGGAAUCAUCUCCUCCUCCGAGUCCAUUCCUCGGCCCUGAGGAGUACAAAAAAUGGUGCAAUGAGGACGAUCGUAUGAGUUUGGCCAGCCUGAGUCCAACAGGGCCUGUUGGAAACGACGCCUCAUCAGAGAUGAUUCCAGAGCCUCCAACCUUCCUGCCUUGCUUCUAUGACCCUUACUUCCAAUAUUACGCUCACGUUGCUCCACCGCCUGUUGUGCCACCACCUCCGCCGCCUCCGAAAGAAAAGGCCACCCUGCCAUGGUGGGUGAACCGAAGAAAGAAACACGCGAACGUGGUUUGUGCAGUUGUCGAGGCCAUGGUCGACGAGCUGAGAGACAUUCUUGAGCGCGAUUUGCACAAAAAGAUGAUCGAGUACACUGCCUACAAGACUUUUGAUCAAUGGUGGGCUGCGGCGGAACAAGCGCAGACCAAAGAGGAGGAUCGUCCCAUACUGCCUCCAGAACCCGAUUCAAUGGGCCUGGGAAUUCGUGCCACAAUGCCAAAAAUGCCAUCUUUUAGGAGAAAGAAGAAGUCUCCAGAGCCGGAGGAGAGAAAGGAAGAGGAGGAUGAAGAUGUUGUUAGGAGAACGUCGCCGGAGCCAAUGUCGCCGCCGCGGCAGCGAAGAACUGCUCGACUCCCAUCAUCAAGUGAAGAUAGCUCAAGUUCCAGCUCUAGUAGCAGUAGCAGCAGUUCAUCUGAAGAUGAAAGCAGUGAUGAUGAUUCAGAAACGGAAUCCGAUGAAAGUGAUAAGGAGGUGGAAGAAGAACCUGAAGUUCUUGUUAAGUCUCUUCCCACAGAGGAGAAAAUGGAAGUGGAUGAAACUGCUGCCAAACCCGUUGUUGAGAGAAGAGAGACCACGCCUGAAGUCGCUGCAGCCUCACCAGCCGCAGUGGCACCUGUUUCUGUACCUGACCUUGAUGAGGAGACAGAUGAAGCGAGUGAGACAGAAGAGUAUGUCAAAGAGGCCGCUAGUCCCGAGGCCGCAUCUCCUACUGAGCGAGAGGCGACCGUGGCCAUGGACCACUGUUACUCUCUUCCACCGGACGAAGGCACUAAGCGGAAGCAAGGCUUCAGCAACGACCACGGUUACACCACCGCCCCAGUGCAGACACCGCCAAAGCCCAAGAAACGGCCCCUGGUGGAGGAGAAGAAGAGGCCGUUGCCAAGGCCGAUGACACCGCCGCCUAUCCAUCCAUCUGUUACUUUCAAACCUCGCAACCAGGCCGCGGAAUUUGGUGCUCUUUACGAAUUCCUUACACAAGGUGUUGACGACGAGGACAUCGCGCUCAUGAAGAAGAGCUACGACAUGCUGCUCACCUCAGAGAAAUACGAAUGGCUGAAUAACACCCACUGGGUUGAUCAUCCAAUGACAGACUUGAAUCUAGCACCCAGCGCUGCAAAGAAGCGCAGACGUGAAGAGCAGAGGGUACACCAGAGCGGCUGUGCACGGACAGAGGGCUUCUACAAGAUAGAUCGUGUGGAGAAGGCAAGAACAAAGUACCACUUUGGAAGAAAGCAGGUGGAGACGGUAGAGACUGUCGUCCUGCCUGAACAUCUGCCAAAGGCCAUGAAAAUGCAGUCGAUUAGCAGAGAAGCUAGAAGCAACCAACGCCGGCUGCUCACCGCCCUCGGCAUCGACACCGACUCUGAUCUCCUCAAAUUUAACCAACUCAAGUUCCGGAAAAAGCAACUUAAAUUCGCCAAGUCCUCUAUUCACGAUUGGGGGUUGUUUGCUCUUGAACCGAUCGCUGCUGAUGAGAUGGUGAUAGAAUACGUUGGCCAAAUGGUCAGGCCUGUCGUCGCUGACUUACGAGAGGGGCAGUACGAGGCCAAAGGAAUCGGUAGCUCAUACCUGUUCAGGAUAGACACAGAAAAUAUAAUCGACGCAACCAAGUGCGGCAACCUGGCCAGGUUCAUCAAUCACUCCUGCAAUCCGAAUUGCUAUGCCAAAAUCAUCACCAUUGAAGGCCACAAGAAAAUAGUCAUAUACUCGAAGCAGCAGAUCAACAUCAAUGACGAAAUCACCUAUGACUACAAAUUUCCGCUGGAGGAGGACAAGAUCAAGUGUUUGUGUGGUGCACCUCAAUGCAGGGGUUACCUCAACUGACUUUUUAUAUGUAUUGAGAUGCAAAUCGAUUUGUUACACUGUGAUCAACUAGUGUUUCUAGAAGUUUCCUCUGUGAUGGCGUUUAAGAAUUAAGCCUUGGUGUGGUUGCCCACAUGUAAAUCAUGUAACUAGUAUGUUCCAGUAUAACCAAAAAAAUUGACUAUCUAGAGAGUGUCAGAUUUUAACGUUACAAUCUAAAAAUUUCUUGUGACAUCACCAGGCUGAUUGGACCUCCUUGUUGGCCUAGUUCCCGCUUUGAUUUUACAAUUGGGAUAAAAGUUUUCACUUUGGAAUUUAAACAUUGACGCCUUCCUAAAAAAUUGACCUUUUUAAUAAAGCUAGUAUUAUGUUUGCUCUGUAAAUAAUUUUGCACAAAUAGUUUAUUAUAUUAUUAUCUCGGACCAUUAAUUUAAGAUUUGACCAUAUCUACCUAAAUGGCUGAAUAGACCGUCAGUAUGUUUCAAUUCCUUUUAGGAAAUAUAAAACCUUCAUUGGCCACAAUUAUUCCUGAGGCAAUCCUUUCAAGGUUGAGUCUUAAACGCUUUCCAGAACUCCACUAUGUUUUACCACGCUGUUUUGUCAAAAUUAGCACCUUUAUUUAAGUUUGUUGUUUAAGUAAAUUUGGCAUUUUUAAAUUGCAAGUGAAGAAAGGAAAUAAAAUGAUGUACUUUUGUAAAAAAUGACAA